GCUGCGCGUCGUUGCGAGCGGUGAUAUUCUAAAGAAAGAAAUGGCGGAAAGACCCGAAGAUUUCAAUUUACCUAACGCUGUGGUCACGAGGAUAGUAAAAGAAGCUUUACCCGACGGAGUCAACGUGUCUAAAGAAGCUCGAGCGGCCUUAUCGAAAGCUGCCAGCGUUUUCGUGUUAUAUACGACGUCUUGUGCCAAUAACUUCGCCAUGAAAGCUAAAAGGAAGACACUACUGGGAAACGACGUGCUGUCUGCGAUGGAAGAUAUGGAGUUCGAUAGAUUUAUCGAGCCAUUAAAAGACUGUCUGAAGACUUACCAAUUAGAAAAAUCGAAAAAGGAAAGCGGCGCAAAUAAAGGAAAGAAAAAACAAAACGUGACCGAAGAGAGUGUGGAAGAAGAAAAUAGGACUUGUACUUUGCAAGAAUCGACCGAAAUAAAUGAUGAAUAAGUUCUUACUGUCGAGUAAAGUCGUAU